UUUUUUAUUUCUUAUUCGGAUUUCAAAUUAGAUAAAGGUGUAGGGCAUAUUUUAAUAAACUCCAAAUAUCCUUUCUGCCUUCUAGAAGUUUCAAAUGCCACAACGAAUACCACUGAAAAAGCUUUGUUUGGGGUGAAAGGAAAUGGCAACGGCGGCAAUGGGUGGUGGAUUUAUGAACCAAAUUAUGAGAAGUAACACCGUUUCCUUGGUGGGUAAGGCUGCGGCACCGCCAUGGCCAUGGCCAUUAAAAGGAUUUCAACUCUACUGCUGCAGUAACACCAAUAACAACAACAGUAAUACUUACUUAACAUUAAAAGACGAAGAGCUUAUGCGACAGUGCGAAUUGAAUACCUUCAAAGCCUCAGGGCCCGGCGGUCAGCACCGUAAUAAGCGAGAGUCUGCCGUUCGUCUCAAGCACCUUCCGACCGGUAUCAUUGCUCAGGCCGUUGAAGACCGUUCCCAACACAUGAAUCGUGCUUCUGCCUUAGCUCGUCUUCGUACUCUCAUUGCUCUCAAAGUUAGAAAUCCGGUCUCUCUUGAAUCGUAUUCACCGCCUCCCGAGCUUCUUCAAAUUCUUCCCCGAAACUCAACGCAUAGGAGAUCUGAUUCUGGUCCCCAAAUUGGGCCUAACAAUCCCAAGUUUAUAUUGGGUAUGCAGGCUCUGCUUGAUCUAAUCUUUGCAGUUGAUGGGUCUAUAUCUGAUGCUGCAAAGCUUCUGGGGAUGAGUACAGGGGCACUUUCGCGGUUAAUACUAUCGGAUGAUUCUCUUUGGAAGGCAGUAAAUAAGUUGAGGGCGUCCAAGGGUAUGAAGCCAUUGAAGUAGCACUAUCAUAUGUGGAUGCUAAUUAUUCCUCUGCAUAUCAGAAGCAGCAGCUUUGGUGGGAAAAAUGCUACAAGCUCACGGCUCUUGUUGAAACCUCAGAUUCAGCUUCUGGCGACUGUCCUUCUACCGAUGAAAGGUUUUCCUAAAAUACAAGCACAAGCACAAUCAUGUUUACCAAAUUUUGUAAUGAAUGUAUAAACUGAUCCAUAAGAGAAUUGAUGAGCAAGUAAAUACAGCAAAUUGUGUCAGGACUUCCAAUAUGAAA